UAUAAGGUGACCUGCUCCAGCUGUGUUCCUCCAUAAAGCUCGACAAGCCACACACUCGCACCGGCUCUCUACGGAUUUAAACUCCAGAUUUCUAACUGGUGACUCAAUUCCCAGAGCGAGAGGUGGAACAAAAACAAACUAAAAAAAAAAAAAUAGGAGUCUAUGGAUAUCUUGACUGACUCUUUGAAGCUGCUUUACUCCUGGAUUAAUCCUUUUUAAUCACUUGGAAUAUUAGAAAUUCUUUUUUUUCUCCAGGAUCUCUCUAUCCAGGAGGGUUCGAAAGCGUUUUGUCUGAGAAGUGUAAAGAGUGUUAGGAUGCAAGGAGUUGUGUGCAGCCUGCUGCUGUUUAUUCUCGCUGCUGCUGGAGAAGUGGUGCGAGGUUGUCCGGGGCCGUGCUCCUGCCCCCUGAUGCCCCCCUCGUGCCCGGUGGGAGUGAGCUUGGUGCUGGAUGAGUGUGGCUGCUGUAAGGUUUGUGCACAGCAGUUUAACCAGGACUGCGGCCCAGGGAAACCCUGCGACCAUAUAAAAGGCCUGCGCUGCCACCUAGGGGCUGGAGGAGACCCGCAGCGAGGGCUGUGCAGAGCUGAUGCUCAGGGUCGGCCGUGCGAGUUCGGCGGUCACAUGUACCAGCAUGGUGAGGAUUUCCAGCCCAGCUGUGAGCACCAGUGCAGCUGCAUGGACGGCGUGGUGGGCUGCAUGCCGCUCUGCCCCCACCGCAUCCCCCUGCCGGCUUGGCACUGCACCAACCCUCGCCUGGAAACGCUGCCGGGCCACUGCUGCGAGGAGUGGGUGUGCGACGACGACAAUCGCAUUGACGAAGAGCUGCGUGACUCAACACCCACGCGAGUGCAAACCAACCACAUCAACAAACUGCUGCAUGCUUUCAGCUUCACGGACAGAGCUGGAGACACCUUCCAAGAGUGGUCAUCCCAAGUUCCGACCUCCGAGUGCGUUCCUCAGACCACAGACUGGUCUGAAUGCUCCGCCUCCUGCGGCUUUGGCGUCUCCAGCCGCGUGACCAACAUGAACCCGCGGUGUAAACUCGUCCGGGAGACACGUCUCUGUCGGAUCCACGAGUGCGAUGCCGUGACGGCUGUCAGGAAUGGGAAGAAAUGCAGACGGACGCUGAGGUCCCACGAGCCGGAGCACAUCUCGUUUGGAGGCUGUGUUACUGUGAGGCGGUACCGACCCAAAACAUGUGGCUCAUGCUCUGACGGUAGAUGCUGUCGUCCAUCCCAGUCUCGCACCGUCCGCCUGCACUUCCGCUGUCCGGACGGACAGAACAUCACGCGCAACAUCAUGUGGAUCCAACGCUGUCGCUGCAGCAAGAGCUUGUGCAGAGCACACAGAGACGACUCGCCUCCUUCUGUUAGCCUGCACAACGACAUCCACACCUUCUCACACUGAUGACACACACACACACACACACAAUCAUCACCACCACCUCAUUAACGGAGGAGGAGGAGUUUGAUGGUUGAAAAAACGUUUUUUUUAAAAAAAUGAUUGCGUCCCGAUUUGCUCACUUACACUAUUUUUCUUUUUCUUUUACAUACUUUUGAGGAUGAAGCAAAACAGUGCGCUAGUAAGGGGACGUCACGAACACGUCACAAACACGUCACGAGCAUGUCAAGCAACAAAAACAAUACACUGUUGCCUAGUAACACACACUCACUUGUUGCAUUUCAGGUAAAAUCCACUAAAUUCCCCUAAAUGUCCCCUUUUUGCCCUUUUUUGCCCAGCAAAUCAUUCUGAAAUCAACUGUAGAUGAAUUAAAUUGAUGGCAAAAAUAUUGCCACCCUUCUCAUUUACCCCAGCAGUUCCUUGACCCCUGAUAUUAAUAAUCAAUAUAAUAACUUUUUCUUCUAAUCUUGGAUACUAUUUAGGAUGGAUAGGACAGUAGGUGAAUUAGGACGCGGCAACAAUUUCGAGACGUAUUUGGUGUCCGAAGUUCGCUACUUUAGCUUGUUUUUUGCACUGGCACAACGAUGCUAAUUCAGCUGACACUGAUGAUCUAGAAUUAUUUACAUAAAUGAAUACACGCUCGGAUAUUUAUAUAUUUCUAUACGUAAAUGCUUGAGGCGACGUUGUUUAGUAAGCUUUGCGAUUUUAGUAAGACGGACAGUAACGAUAGCAGCUACAUGUGUGUUUUCAGCCUUUUUUAAAGUUAAAUAAAACCUUAAAUGGAAUCCAUGAUACACAGGAGAGAAUUCUGUCAUGACCAACGCCAUGAGGAAGAGUGAAUUCUGAGCAUCGGCAAUCAUCCAAUCCCGCUCAGAGUCGGAUCAGCACACAUGAGAGCAUAGAGAUUCCGACCUGGACGUGUUUUCAGACGCUCUCGAGAGCACUAUCAUGUUAAAACCUCCUGAGCAGGACUGAGCUUCCAGGCUGUGAAAGUUCUGAAAAAAAUGAACAAUCCACUAUUUUCUUUAACUCCAGACACCAAGCAGGUCUUUAAUAAUUGAUGACUUUUGAGAAGAAUUCUGUCAUUAUUUUUUUCACCACAAUGCGCUUCCUGUGUAAAGAUGAGCACUGUGAGGAGAUAAGACGAGAGCAAGACAAGAUGUUCACCAGAAAUGGAGACUUCUCUAAAAACUCCACCUUCACCAGAACUCCAUCCACUCCACAGUGUAGAGCUUGCACUUUUUCUUUAUGUGGACCUACAGAGAGGACGUUUCUCUUCCUGCUUCACCUCCAGCAACCAGAGAACGUCUUCCAGAGCUUUCUGUCUGAGUGUGUGUUAAAGUGUGUGUGUGUAUUACAGUGUGUGUUAGAGUGUGUUUUAGUGUGUUCGUGUGUUUGUGUGCGUUAGUUUGUUAGUGUGCGUUAAAGUGUGUUUGUGUGUGUGUUAAAGUGUUUUAUUAGUGUGUGUGUAUUAGAGUGUGUGUGUUAGUUUGUGUUAGAGUCUGUGUAUUAGUGUGUGUAUUAGUGUGUGUUAGAGUUUGUAUGUAUUAGAGUGUGUGUAUUAGUGUGUGUUAGAGUGUGUGUGUAUUAGUGUGUGUAAGAAUGUGUGUGUGUAUUAGAGUGUGUGUAUUAGUGUGUGUUAGAGUGUGCGUGUAUUAGAGUGUGUGUAUUAGUGUGUGAUUCCUGCUGAUCCACUGAUAAGAAGCUGUACCGCUCAGUUACUGGUCCUCUGGAGGCUGGUUGAUGUUGGGACCUGAACUGCUGGUUAUUUACUGGAUUUUUCCAGUAAAUAGAAAGAGACUUUUUCAGUCGAAGCCAAGAAAUAAUUUUAUGAAACAUCAAAGAAACGAUUAAACCACCUGACAUAAACAAUCUGAAUAACGGUGACGUUAAGUUCUGUGUCUUUUUCGGUUAUUCAUUUUGUCACGUCAGUAACAGAAAUUAAUGACUGUUGUGGCCAAAAAUGCUUAAAUGUUAUUUGACGUGUGUAUAAUCUUAGCUAUUUAAAGUUUGUACCCGAAAUUGUCCCGUAACUCCACCUCUGCACUUUUUUUUUUAACCCCACAGCUUUACUGAUUAGCUAUGUUAAUGCUAGCAAACUGAUUAUAUCAUAAAGCAGCAGUUACUCCGGAUUUUUCUCUCAUAAAUCAGCUGAUCACAAUGUCACGAUGACGUCAUGGGAUUUCAACCACAACCGUAACCGUAGCUAGCUAGCUCAUUUAGUUUUACGCAAAAUGUAAGAAAAAAAGGCUGAAACAGAUUCCUCAGUAUUCUGUAUUUGUGAUGCUCUCAUGCUUCCGGUGAAUCUCGACAAGGUUUAGAGAAGAAUUCAUGAAUUUAUCGGUAAUUAUUCGUAAUUCAUUACAUGUCUGUAUUUUCUUCGUUACUUUCUAUUUGUAGGCAGGAAGAACUUAAAGACGUUAAAGAUGUGGUUUUGUGGAUGGAUGGAUGGAUGGUUCGAUGGAUGGAUGGAUGGUGCGAUGGAUGGAUGGAUGGUUGGAUGGAUGGAUGGAUGGAUGGAUGGAUGGUGCGAUGGAUGGAUGGAUGGUGCGAUGGAUGGAUGGUUGGAUGGAUGGAAGGAAGGGUGGAUGGAUGGUUUGGAUGGAUGGAUGGAUGGAUGGAUGGUGCGAUGGAUGGAUGGUUGGAUGGAUGGAAGGAAGGGUGGAUGGAUGGUUUGGAUGGAUGGAUGGAUGGGUCAGUCUGAGUGAAACACAUCUUGUUGUAUUUUGUGUUAUUCAGUGUGUUUUUUUAACAGACUCCAGAAGUUUCUCCCUUCCUUGUGUGUGUUUUUUUACGUGGUUAUUUGUGGAAAAGACUAGCGUGAGUCUGAUGUAAGAGCGUGGAAGAGACUGUGUUGUUGUUGUUGUUUAUUAUGAUAUGAUGAUUAUAUAACUCUGUGUCUUGCUUUACCUGUUUGUACAGUACACAGGCUUCACCCUUGGUGGAGUGACUGCUACUUUAGAGAUUGCUCCAUUUUUCGGGGCGUACUUUACUCCUACUUCAGUUCUCUGAGCUGCUCUCUUGUGUGUAGUGUGUAUGUGUGUGUGUGUGUGUGUGUGUGUGUGUGUGUGUGGUUACUAUGUUCACCACAUGUUGAUGUUGACCUUCAGUGUUAAAGUACAAGUGUCAAUUACAGUAAAUAAAGUGUUUAAAAGAA